GCUGCUGCUUCUAUCUGCUCACUUAUUAUUUGUUUAGUGACUUUUAUUUCACUGAGCAUUUUAGAAGGAGAUUCUCCUGAUUGUCAAAAUGGUUAUCAAAGUAUUUGUUGCCACAUCUUCUGGGUCUAUAGCGAUUAGGAAGAAACAGCAAGAAGUAGUGGGCUUUUUGGAAGCCAAUAAAAUUGACUUUAAGGAAUUUGAUAUUGCUGGUGAUGAAGACAACAGGAGAUGGAUGAGAGAGAAUGUACCUGGAGAGAAAAAACCACAAAAUGGAAUUCCUCUUCCUCCACAGAUCUUUAAUGAGGAGCAGUAUUGUGGGGAUUUUGAAUCUUUCUUCUCUGCAAAAGAAGAAAAUAUUAUAUAUUCAUUCCUUGGCUUGGCACCUCCUCCAGGUUCGAAGGUGCCAGAAACAACUGAGGAAACAUCAUCUCUCCCGAAUGGUGAACUUGUAGGAGGGAAACAGAGUACCAUGGAAGGAAUCGACAAUGCUGAAAUAAGUGGAAAAAAUGAGGUGCAAAAAGAAGACAAUGAAGAUGCAGACAGUCCUCCUGAAUCAGAAGUAAAACAGGAGGAGACCACAGAAGAGGAAGAAAAAGAGGAAGCAGAAGAAGAAGAAAAAGAAGAGGAAGAAAAGGAGGAAGCAGAAGAGGAAGAAGAUUCUUAGUUUUUUCCACAUUUAAUUUCUACAAGUUUCUCAGGAAGUGAAGUACAAGCCAUGCCACAAUAUUUCAUCAAUCUUGCCUCAGCAAAAUGAGAUGGCCUGAGGUUUAGACACAUUUCUUAGCAUAUCAGCACGACACUGAGGAGUUGCUGUGCUAUUUAUGUGGGUAGAUGUAUAUUGUCUAUAUCUAUUUGAAAAGAAAUGUGGAUAUAUACACAAAUUUAUUUUUGGUUCAAAUAGAUAUGUUUGCUUUGAAAAGCACAUUUUAAUUAUUCCUGGAAAAAUUAUUCCUAGCUAUGGAACUAGCUCAAAUUCAGCCCAAGAGAUUCCAAGGAUGCUCCCUGUAAUGUGCUUUAUGCUGCUUCUGUCAGAACAAUUUUGAAUGUGUUGCAGUGUAUAAUGGUCUAAAUAAAAGCCGUUAAUGUAAAAUCAU